GUUCGAAUAUAGACAUGACCAAAUUCUCACCAGUUUGUAAACAAACCUAGCGUGAAUAGUAUGCGUCACGACUUAGUGAUAGCGGUUGUUAAUAAGGCUUCUUCCAAGCUUAUGUUAUCCGUCGAUAAACAUCAGAUGACACAGAUGCGUAGGUAUAUAGUGUAUGUGUGGAGUAAAGUCCUCGUUAUCUUCAAACACUACUUUCUUGGACUAGGACCGAAAAUGGACGAAGACCGAGAGUCGACGAACCGCAGAAAAGGUUAUAAGUGGUGUAAGGAAUCAGUUGGAGGCACGUGGGCUAACAUAGCAGAGGAUCAGUUUGACAAUGGGUUUAAAGUUGUAAGUGGAGGACUGACAAAUUACCUAUAUCUGUGCUCUCUACCAAAGAAAUACCCUCCACAAGGAAAUGAACCGAAACAAGUUCUGUUACGUGUUUACGGGGACAUUGCAAAAGACCAGGAAUUCUUGGUACGGAAUACAGCAGUGUUUGCUAUCCUUUCCACCAAAAGCUUAGGGCCUAAACUUUAUGUUGCACAUGCAGAGGGGCGCAUCGAGGAGUACAUCCCGACAAAGCCACUGAGUACACGUGACCUACAGAAUCCAUUCCUUUCCCAACAGAUCGCCAAGAAAAUGGCUCUGUUUCAUGCCAUCGAUGACAUGCCUCUUCAUAAAGAGCCAACUUUUUUAAAAGAAAAAAUGUUCUGCUGGAUGGAAGAGGUGGAAAAUAUAUUUAAUAACAUACCAACAGAAAAAGAUGUCGCUUCACAACGAUUGUUGUCCAAACUACAGAGUUUCAACUUAUCAGCUGAGCUUCAGUCAUUGCUAGACAUUCUAAGAACUGUUGACUCUCCAGUGGUAUUUUCUCACAAUGAUUUGCAAGAAGGUAAUAUCCUUUACCUUGAAGGCUGUGAUAAUCCAGAGAGGAAGAUGACAUUUAUCGACUGGGAGUAUUGUAGUUAUAACUUCAGAGGGUUUGACUUUGGCAAUCACUUCUGUGAAUGGUGCUAUGACUACACUCAUCCAGAUUAUCCGUUCUUCUCAUACGCAAAGGAAAACUUUCCUUCGAGGGAUCAACAGUACACUUUUUUCCGUCACUACCUGUCCCAGCAGUCUGAGGUGGAACCCACGGAGGAGUACCUACAGAAAAUGUACCGUGAAGCCAAUACCUUUGCCCUUGCCUCACACUUCUUUUGGGCUCUCUGGUCUGUCAUACAGAGAGAUAUGUCGGAGAUACAGUUUGGAUAUCUGGAAUAUGCCCUGCUUCGGUGUGAGAAUUACUUUGAUCUGAAGGAGCGCCUGCAGAGUUUAAGUUGAGGACAGAAACAGUUUAACUGGUGAUACUGAGAUGUUAAAGAAUGAUAAGGACAAUAUUGUGUUCAAUUUAUAAUAGGGAUGAAGGCAGUGAUAAAAUCACACAUCAAUCUGACCUAUCACCAUAAGUGUUAUAAUCAGUACUGUGAUUUAUAUAUAUUGUUUUGUUAUUAAUUGUUACAUUAUCAAUUAUUGCCAUGAUCUAAAAUUAUCAUUUUAAAUAUUAUUACAGGGUGUCGGUAGCAUUAAGAAUAAUAAACCAUAGCGUACCAUAAUAUAAAAAAGUAUACAGUAAGUAUUGCUAGUGUAUACUGAUGGCCUAUGUAGAUAAUGUAGUCGGAAUAGGAGAGCCUUCUUAAUUCUUUUUAAUCAUUUUAUAAUUUUAUGAAAUUGAUAUGAUCUCAAAAUGUGUUCAGAGAAAGCCAGCAUUUAUUUCUAUGUAUAGCAUUUAUAAGUUACCUUGUGUUAAGGUACUCUUGAUUAUAUCCAUUAUCAUUGUACGUGGUUUAACCAGUUUUAUUUGUGAAUUUGAGAGAUUUGGAUGAGGGUACUAUAGGGUGGUGUCGUAACUGAAAAGGCGGUGGGGGCGGAGGCAUAUGACUAUAAGAACGGAGUUAGUUCACAAAUCUUAUCCUAUAUCCUGAACAUCUUUUUGGAUAUCUUGUAAACGCAUCCGUAUUUUUGUAAGUGUUUGAAUGAAAGACUGUUCCUAAUAAUAUUAAUAUUAGUUGUUUAGUAGUUAAACAUAGAAACUCUUACUUGUACCUGGUAAAUAUUUAUCUCUUUUACCUACAUAUGUAAUUACAGAUAGGAACUCUUUCCUGAUUUUUUUCCCCACCUGAUUCCACUUAGGAACUCUUCCCUGUAAAUGUUUUUUUUACCUAAUUACAUAUAGUAACUCUUUCCUAUAAUUUUUUUUUCCUGAUUAAAUAUAUAGAAACUCUUUCCCUUUAAAUGAUCACUCUCCAUAUUUUUGUUAGCGUACCUAGUAUUUUGCUGGCAUAUUAUUAGGUGGAAUCUGUAACUUUGUGAAAUAGUACUUAUACAGUACUUUAGAUGUCAUUUUCUUUAAUUGCUAAUCGAUGGCUAAUGGUCAUAAUUGCCUGCCCUUUAUUUAUCUGUUACCAAUUGUGAUUCCCUUCAUUUCACUCUUGUCCAUGAUUGAUGAAUACCCAACAGUAAACAAUAUUUCAUGUACCUGGUACUAUGUGACUGGAAGGAAUAUAUUUUAUGUACCCGGUGCUAUGUGACUGGUAGGAAUGUGAUUUAUUCUUACUUGGUUUAUUUAUGUUUUAGUUAAGAUUUAAAUUCUACUUUAUGUAUUAUACUCCUAUUUUAAUUGAAUUCCAAAAAUUUAUAAAUGUACACCUAGGUACAAUGAAAGAUUCAUUUGGUUAUUACCUUUGUAUAGAUGUGUACAAUUAUUCUUGUGUUAUAACUUUUUUCGUUUAAUCAAAUGGUUAUGAUGAACUGACGGGAUCAAAUGGUCUUGAAUGGUACAUUGUGUAUGUUGUUAUUGCAACAUACAGCAUGCAUUUCCUACUUAACACUCUCAGAGCCUAACAUGAACUCAGUCUGAUGUAGCUGUUUAACCAAUGUUCAACCAGAUAUGGUGAGAGUGAAUUUUUUUGCUAUAUAUGUUUGCCUUAUGAUCUUGCCAAAUAUGCAUCAUAAUGUUAACAUUGCCAUGCAUUUGCAGAAUACAUUUCCUGUGACAAUCAGGGUUAGGUAUUGUGUUGAUGCCUGAAUAAAAUAUUUAGUUUUCAUUUUUCAAUGUGUAAAAGGCUUAUUUUGACUGCUUGUUUUAGUCAAAGUAUCGUUAUAGCUUUCUUUCUUUUUAUGUCUUUGUUUGUUAAGCUAUGCUGGUGUUCAUUUUUAUUAUAUUUUUAAAGUCUUAGUAUAAUGUAAUGUAAGCAUUUCCCCUAAAUAAACCAUUUUCUAUAUAAUGUAAUGUAAGCAUUUCCCCUAAAUAAACCAUUUUCUAUACAGGGUAACUUAACAGAGACACAGGUCUAUAAUGCCUUUUCAAUAUUGAAUUUUUUUUAAAAUUUUCCUCGUUGUGUGAAAAUAUCACAGAUUUUGGACAGGACUGGUGUGCCUUUUAUCUGAAUUAUAGAAAAUAAGCUUUAUUAUCUUAGAAUAGUAGUGACCACAUUCAUAACAUGAUAAAUAUCUUUCAUAUAUAUAUGUAACAUGUAAAAAUUGCUUCAUUGUCAGAUCUUUGUAUAUCAUUGUAUGUCAUUUUCAUUUAUUGCUCAAAAAGAAGUUGGUAAUUUGUCCUCACUGUAUUAAAAAAAUCUAGCCAGCAGGCAUUGCAACGAGAAAAUAAACCAAAAUUGAAAGGCGGUGUAAGGGAGACAACUCCGUCUUCUGACCUGCCACGCAUAAGACUUUUUAUGAAAAUGGUCAGCAAAUAUUUGAAAUUGUGAUAAAUUAAUAAUGUUUUGAUGAAUUAAAACACUUUGAAAUUA